AUGCUCUGGGGAUCACAACCCAAGCCCGAGGACUCGCCGGAGAAGCCUAUCCCCCGAGAGAAACUGCCUCCGCAACUACAGCAACUCGUGGAUCACGACGACGGGUUCUAUGAUGAUAUCUAUUCGCCCUACUCCGUGGAUUCUACCGACACUCCCUACCGAUAUGCCGGAUACGCCAAUCGACUCCGCACUGUGUUACUCUCCGCCCAUCGUUAUGUCGCCUAUACCUCCGACAUAGGCGAAUCCUUCCGUCCCGUCGCUCAUCCGUAUCUGGUGCGCUCCGCCUACGCGAUCUCCUGGUCUUACCUGAUCGGCGAUGUGGCCCAUGAAGGCUACAAGGCCUACCUGCGCAAUCGGCGCGUGCUCGCCCCGCCCGGCGAGGCCUACAAGGACGCCAAGGAUCUCACCCAAGAUCAAGUCCUCAAGGGCAUGGCCACCGGCAAUGUUGGCGGCUCGUUACGCUCCGCUACGGGGGAGUCGGAUUCCCUGGAGCCCUGGCCCACGACCCAGAUUCCGCUCAUCGAGGAUUACCGUGUGGUCAUGGCCAAACGUGCCGUGUUCCAGAGCAUCGCCAGUAUGGGACUACCCGCUCUGACCAUUCAUUCCGUGGUGAAAUACUCGGGCCGCGCCUUGAAGAAUUCCAAGAGUGUGUGGUUCCGCACUUGGGCGCCUAUUGGACUUGGUCUCUCCGUCGUCCCCUUCCUCCCGUACAUCUUCGACGAACCCGUCGACGAGGCCGUCGAGUGGUCCUUCCGCACCGCCAUCCGUGCCUACGCCGGUGAGGACGCCGUCCGCCUACUGCCUCCAGCGCAGAUUGCCGGUACAGACGCCGAUGCCAGCACCACCUACUCCUGGGAAGAAUACAAGGAGGGGCGUCGUCAGGCGAGAGAAGAGCGGAAGAAGGAGCUCGAGGAACGCGGACAGAAAGGACCGUUGGCCUUGCUGAGGUUCGGGGGGGAAGAAGACUCGAAAAAGAAGACGGAGUAA